UACACGUUCUGUCCUCAACGGUACACUGCACAAACACAACCUUCUCUUCUUUUUCUCUCUCAUUUUCUCGCUUUCCAAACACCACUCUCAUCAACACCAUGGAUUCCCUUUCCCCACCUCCCCUCAAUUCAACCCAGAACACUUUACUUCCUUCAAUCCCUAAAAUUUAACAAACAAAAAAAAAGGAAAUAGGAAAAAACAUCAUCAACGCAAACUACCGAUUCCUUCAUGGUGUUGAUCUCCUCCUGUUCGUUUGACGCGCGAAAUACAAACCCUACCACCCACCAAGAUGUUCAACAAAAUAAUCAAAUUAGGUCAAAGAAAAGUGUUCAACAAAUCGGAUAAUAACCACCACGAGACCUCCAACAGCGUCACCGUCAACCACGCGUCCCGUAUCUUCACCGGAGGCAUCACCAAUCCCUUGCUUCCCGCUCCCGAGUCAACAUUAACCAGCCCACAACCCUCGCCGACGCCGCAGCGAUCUGCAUUAUCCGGACCGCCGCCGUCGAUCGAGGUUCUCCCGCUGCUGAAGGACGUCUCCGCUUCUGAUCGGCCUCUCCUCUUCAUUCGCAAGGCUCAGAUGUGCUGCUGCUCCUGCGAUUUCUCCGACACCCUAAAAAUGCCGCGCGAAAAGGAGAUCAAGAGACAGACAUUGCUCGAAUUGGUGGAUUAUAUCCAGUCCGGUUCCAGCAAAGUCAAUGAAACCAUGCAAGGAGAAUUAAUCAAAAUGAUUUCCGUUAACAUUUUCCGGUGUCUCCCGCCAGCGUACCAUGAAAACAGCUCGACUCCGGAAGGUGCAGACCCGGACGAGGAAGAGCCUUCUUUGGAUCCCUCCUGGCCUCAUCUCCAACUCAUCUACGAACUCCUCCUUCGUUACGUCGUCUCGUCCGAAAUUGAACCAAAAAUCGCAAAGCGGUAUAUAAAUCACACCUUCGUCCUCCGAUUACUCGACAUGUUCGACUCUGAAGAUCCGCGGGAAAGAGAGUAUUUGAAGACCGCGGUUCAUAGGAUAUACGGCAAGUUCAUGGUGCACAGGCCGUUUAUUAGGUCCUCCAUUAGUAACAUCUUCUACAGGUUCGCGUACGAGACAGAAAGGUAUUACGGGAUCGGUGAGUUGCUGGAGAUUCUAGGGAGUGUAAUUAAUGGAUUUACAGUGCCCAUGAAGGAGGAGCACCGAAUUUUUCUUGUAAAGGCAUUGUUGCCGCUCCAUAAGGCCAAAUGCUUAUCUGGGUAUCACCAGCAGUUGUCUUACUGUGUUACCCAGUUCGUAGAGAAGGAUUAUAAGUUAGCGGAUACUGUCAUUAGGAGCUUGUUGAAGUAUUGGCCGCUCACGAAUUGCCAAAAGGAGGUUCUUUUCAUUGGAGAGCUUGAAGAGGUUCUGGAUGUUACUCAGGGGUCUGAGUUCAGGCUGUGCAUGGUUCCACUUUUUAGACAGAUUGGACGCUGCCUUAAUAGCCCUCAUUUCCAGGUUCAUUAUUCACUCAAUCUUUUGUUUCAGAUUAAUUAUCAUGCACCUCUAUCAUGAAUUGAAGCCCUUUUUAAUCUGUCUUGUGAUUUUUAUCUUGGCAAUAUCAAUCACUGUAAAUUGAUCUUCACUUACUUCUAUAUUGUUAUAUAACAAAUUCAACUUAGGUGGGAAUUUUAUAAUCAUAACAUGUUCAUGUUAGAGAUAACUGUAUUACCCCUCACCUUGGUUUGAUAAGACCUAUCUAUGAAAUGUCAAUGCCAAAUUUCGUCCGUACCUAUCACCAUGUAUGUCAUUAUUAACAAAUAGGGACUCUUUAUCUGGAUCCUUCAAAUGAAUGCAGCAUUUAUAACACAUAGACCAACCCAACAGUAGGUAAUAAGUCCUAUUAUAUCAAUGAUUUUAAUCCCACUUCAACCAAAUACUUAUAUAUAUGUUUUUCUGCCAGUUAAAAGCUAAAUUAAAUGUUUAUAGCAUUUUAACUUCAAUUGUUGGUACUGAAUUAGGAGAUGGUGCUUUCAGGAAGCCAAAGUGAUGAGAUUUCUUUAUUGAGCUUCUGUAUUUGAGUGGUUAGACAUAUUCUUUCUUUGACUGCUGGUGCAUUUGUCUCUUCCUAGAAUAAUUUAUAUUGAUAAAUUAGAAAGGAGGCUCUGAAUAACGGUAGAACAUUUUGUCUCAUUUGUCACUUUUGCAGUUCUAAUAUCAUGUUAGUCACAUUUUAAUAUUAUGUAAUAAAUGUUUGUAAUAUUGAGAAAACCUAUAUAGUUUAGUCACCUUCUGAUACAUAUUUUUGGUAUAUCUUGUACAAUUCUUAUUUUUGAAAGGCAUGUGAGCUGCUGUCAAUGUAAGAGAUCAAUAUUUUUUAUUGUGUGUUUCCUUGUUCUAAUGAAAGCUUGAUUAGAUAUAAGUAGGAUCUUCAUGUCUCUGUUUGUGUUAAUUCAUUGAAAUUGCUUUUUGCUUUCCUUAGUCUCGCACUUCUCUCUUGGACGGAUUGGGUAAUGGAAUUGUAGGAUAUUCUUUGGUGUAUCAGUUAUUAUUGGUCCAAAAUUGUUUGGCUGUAAGAUUACAUUAGCAUGCUUUGGAACUUAUCUGAAUCUAUGCAGCAGGAUAUCUAGUUUUAUAACACCGGGUUGAUAUAUCUUUGUGAUUAUUGGAUCUACUUAAAUUUCAUUUAUAAUAUCAUGAGCCUGCCUUGUAAAACUGCUACUUGAUGUCAGUGGGGAAAAUUUUCCUUUCUCUUUCCGGGUCUUCGAAGUUAGGGGAGAGUUUUAUUUCUUUGUUAUAAACUUAAAAAGUGAUGAGAUUUUUUUUUUAACCACAAAAAAA